GAGGCCGACCCCGCCCUGGCCCUCAUCACCCAAGUGGGGCUCGGCCUCUCCCUGCUCUGCCUCCUCCUGGCGGCCCUCACCUUCCUCCUGUGCAGGGCCAUCCGCAACCUCAGCACCACCCUGCACCUACAGCUCUCCAUCUGCCUCUUCCUCGCCCACCUCCUCUUCCUCACCGCCAUCCACCGCACCGAGCCCAAGGUGCUCUGCGCCAUCAUCGCCGGCGCCCUGCACUACCUCUACCUGGCGGCCUUCACCUGGAUGCUGCUGGAGGGGCUGCACCUGCUCCUCGCCGCCCGCAACCUGACGGUGCUGCACUCCUCCGCCAGGAGCAGAGGCUUCCGAGCGCUCCUGUUCCCCGUGGGCUACGGGCUCCCCGCUGUCGUGGUGGCCGUGGCCGCGGCGGCCCGGCCUCGGCUCUACGGCACAGCUGCCCGCUGCUGGCUGAACACAGAGAAGGGCUUCGUGUGGGCUUUCCUCGGCCCGGUCUGCACCAUCAUCUCUAUCAACAUGGUGUGCUUUCUGCUGACCCUGUGGGCGGUGAAGAGCAGGCUCUCCACCCUCAGCCGGGAUGUGUCCACCCUCCGGGACACCAG